AUGGAGAAAAGUGGUCUCCUCGACAAAGGCCAUCAUCUGUUCACCAAUCAAUUUUACACCAAAGUACCACUAGCAUUGAAGUUGCAUGAAAGGAACACCUACUUUACUGGAGCUAUAAACAAGAAUUCUCAGUACCUUGCAACAACACUAAAAAAUACUGAAUUAGAAGCUGUACAAACUCUUUACUUCAGGCACAAAAACAUCCUUUUCGUUUCAUCCAAGCAGAACGCUUCAAGAAAAUCGGUAUUUACCCUGACCACUGCUUGCCAUGCAGAGGACAAUUUUGUCCAGAGCAAAAAAGGGCUAGAAGCAGUAAAACCUGUACUUAUACACAUGUAUAGGCCUAACCAAUACAUGAGCGGGGUGGAUGUAAGUGAUAAAAGUAUCUACCACACCUCAUGCACUCGCCAGACGACAAAAUAUUGGAAGAGGAUAUUGCUCUUUCCAACUCAUAUGUGUUGUAUUAAAAAAAACCCAGGCUCAUUCAAGAGAAAUAGGUCCGACCGCAGGACCAUCAGGGGACACUGCGCACCGAAUGCAGCAAGUGCCGGACAAAUCAAAUAA